AUGCAACUCCCCACCGGGGGACAGACUCCAUUGGUCGGUCACGGUCUCUCCGCUGAUUUCACUGGUUUCCCUCCUGGUCUCGGCGGUGGUCCAGCCUCCACUCCUUACACUCGUCCAGGGAUGCCGCCAGGGAUGCCGCCGGGGACGCCGUACGUGCCUGCCGGAUCGCAGACGGGCUACAGCAACUUUCAGCAGCCAUUGCCCGGCUACGGGUUCCAAAUGGCUCCGAUGGCCCCCAUGGGUACUCCGUACAUCCCUGCGGUGAUGCCAGGCGGGAUGGCCGCCAUGGGGGGAAUGGGCGGCAUGGGGGCUAUGGGGGGCAUGGGCAGCAUGGCUGGGAUGGGUGGAAUGGGUGGAAUGGGCGGCAUGCCAGGCGGCAUGGGUGGUAUGAUGGGCGGCAUGCCUAUGGGCGGCGGCUAUGCCUACACGCCGGGCGCACUCCCGGGAGGUGCGCCCAUGCCUGGCGCUCCUCCGAUGCAACAGUCAAACUCCAGGCACUCGUUUACGCUGCCCAAGGACAAGGGGCCUUGGGACCAAGUGGACAAGUUCCUGGAGGGCGAGGACUAUGGGCCUGUCCUGAAGCCGGUCCUCGUGCACCGGAUGAAGUGCAAGAUGGAGGUCAAUCCCCUUCUUCAGCUACCUGGAGAAGCGGUCGAGCACGACUAUUUGAAGUGGAACAUGCUCUUCCCCACGGGCAACUGCCAACGUUCCAGCGACCGGCCGGGGCGCUCGUGGCAUAGUGGACGAUACGCCCCCGCUACUUGGCCUCGCGUCACAUCCAUCCGUCUCGUCUCGCGCUCCUUCCCAUGGACACUAGACAUUCCAGCAUCCCAACCUGAACUGGGGGUGACGUGCGGAGACGUGAUAGAGGCGGUCCACAACUCCAUGUACACCCGUCUCUCGCAGUCGCAAUUCGACAACGCCUCCCGCCAGCAGAAACGCCUGCUCUCCGAGUCCUUCUACCACAACCGGUCGACUGCACACGGCGUGCCUGGGGGCCGGCUACAGCAGACGCUCCUCCGCUGCGACUGGCUCGGACAAGACACGAUGUUUGGCGGCGUGUUCGAUGACGAGCCAGUGGUGCGCGAGCUCUGUCGGAGCUCGCUGCCGUGCACGUUCGUACUCGCCUGUGUCAAGCGCUACCCGAUGACGGAGGCCGAGAUCCGCGAGCAGGAGGAGAGGGAGCGCCAGGAGGAGGACCGUUACCGGCGACGCUCGCGCUCGCGUGCCACUUCACGUACCGCCUCGACCCGAACUCCGACCCGGCCGCCCAGUCGUGCUCCGCCAGACGAUACCUCGUCUUCAGCAUCGUAA